AUGCGAUCAUGGCUGCAGAUCUUUGCUCGGCGAAGAGCUGCGUUAAGCAACGCUUCUGCCUCAACACGGCAUAGACCCCGAAUCCGGCCCUUUGCAACCUCUGCUUUCUGCUCCGCGUCAAAUAACAGUCCUCCAGGCGACCUCGAGACUCGUAUCGCUGCCAUCCCGAUUGAGCGAUAUCGUAACUUUUGCAUCGUUGCGCAUGUUGACCAUGGCAAGAGUACACUCAGCGACCGACUUCUAGAGCUGACCGGCACCAUCCAACCGGGCUCGAACAAGCAAGUUCUUGACAAGCUGGAUGUGGAAAGAGAACGGGGCAUCACAGUAAAAGCUCAAACAUGUUCCAUGAUUUACAACUACAAAGGGGAGGAUUAUCUACUUCAUCUCGUGGAUACUCCCGGCCACGUUGAUUUUCGUGCCGAAGUCUCGCGAAGCUAUGCUAGCUGUGGAGGCGCUCUGUUGCUGGUGGAUGCCAGUCAAGGCGUCCAAGCCCAGACAGUCGCCAACUUCUAUCUUGCUUUCGCACAAGGCUUGUCAUUGAUCCCGGUCAUCAAUAAAGUCGACCUCCCUCACGCCGACCCUCCAACGGCUUUGGAACAGAUGCAUGAUGCCUUCGAAUUGGACCCUGACUCGGCUGUCCUAGUCUCAGCAAAGACCGGCCUGAACGUGGAAAGCGUCCUUCCAGCUGUAAUUGAAAAGAUUCCAGCGCCCGUCGGGGAUCACACGAAACCGCUGCGAUUGUUCCUGGUAGACUCCUGGUAUUCAAGUUACAAGGGAGUCAUUCUACUGGUGCGAAUAUUCGAUGGCGAACUUCGUGCUGGAGACCAGAUCUUUUCUUUCGCGACGGGCCUCAAGUAUACUGUGGGCGAGGUCGGUAUUAUGUAUCCAGAUCAAACACCUCAAAAGGUCCUUCGGGCUGGCCAAGUUGGAUAUGUCUUUUUCAAUCCUUCGAUGAGAAAGAGCAGCGAAGCCAAGAUUGGAGAUACAUACACGAAGGUCGGAUUCCAAACGCAAGUCAAGCCAUUGCCGGGCUUCGAAGAACCCAAACCUAUGGUCUUUGUUGCUGCAUUUCCCGUGGAUCAAAGCGAAUUCGAGCACCUCGAAGAUAGCAUUAACCAGCUCUUGUUGAACGAUAGGAGUGUUACUAUCCAAAAGGAAUCAUCACUGGCACUCGGCGCUGGAUUUCGUCUGGGAUUCCUGGGGACGCUGCAUUGCUCCGUCUUUGAAGACCGACUUCGACAAGAACAUGGGGCAAGUAUUAUCAUCACCCCACCUACCGUACCAUUCAAAGUCCUCUACAAGAACGGCAAGGAAGAGGUCAUCACGAAUCCUGCCGAGUUCCCAGACGGCGACGAAACACGCAAGAAUGUGGCAGAACUUCGCGAACCCUACGUUCUAGCAACUCUGACCUUCCCCGAAGAAUAUCUGGGAAAAGUUAUGGAGCUUUGCGAAGCCAACCGAGGCGAACAAAAGUCCAUGGAAUACUUCACAUCCUCUCAGGUGAUUCUGAAAUACGAGAUGCCCCUGGCCCACCUCGUCGACGACUUCUUCGGGAAAUUGAAGUCGGCUACGAAAGGGUAUGCCACCCUUGAUUACGAAGAAGCCGAAUGGCGUGUGAGCAACAUCGUGAAGCUCCAACUGCUGGUUAAUAAAGAGCCUGUCGAUGCCAUCUCCCGCGUUAUGCACCACUCCCAAGUCCGGCAUGUGGGAAAGCAAUGGGUGGAGAAAUUUAAGGAACAUGUCGAUCGCCAAAUGUUCGAGGUGAUCAUCCAAGCUGCCGUAGGUCGACAGAUCAUUGCGCGGGAAACGUUGAAACCGUUCAGGAAGGACGUAACUGCAAAGCUGCACGCGGCGGACAAAACGAGGAGGAUGAAGUUGUUGGAAAAGCAGAAGGAAGGGAGGAAGAAGUUGAAAGCUGUCGGCAAUGUUGUUAUUGAGCAUUCAGCUUUUCAAGCAUUUCUGGCGAAGUAG